AUGUCUGUAGCUCGGUUACUUGCCGAGGACCUUAAUUCUGAGCUGAAAAGGGCUAGAGUGGAGAUUCGACAGAUGAUGAGUUUUUCGGACGAGGAUAAGAUUGGAACCAUCCAACCACACGAUAAUGCUUUGGUGGUCACCCUUAGGAUAGGAGGGUAUGAUGUAAAGAGGGUGAUGGUAGACCAGGGCAGUGAUGUAGAGAUUAUGUACCCUGAUUUGUACAGAGGGCUGAGCUUAAAGCUUAAAGAUCUGACAGCCUAUGAUUCACCUUUGGCAGGUUCGGAGGUGGUAGAGGUUGAGUUUAUUGUGGUGGAUGCUUAUUCCCCCUACACGGCCAUCGUGGCAAGACCCUGGCUUCAUGCCUUGGGGGCCAUUUCCUCCACUCUGCAUUUAAAGGUGAAAUAUCCAUUCGGGGACCAGAUCGAAAAGCUUGUUAGGAGUCAAUCCAGGGCUAGGCAGUGCCUAGUGGCCACAAUUUUGCAUCAGCUUGUGGCUGAGUCCUUGGCCCCUGUUGAGGAGGACUCAUAG